AUGGCUUCGGACGACCUAGUGUGGUCCAUUAUCGGCACCGACUUUUGCAGUUUCAAGCUUAAAACAACAAAAGACCAGACCUUUUGCAGAAACGAGCACAAUGUAUCAGGUUACUGCUCAAAGCAGUCCUGCCCUCUUGCAAAUUCUCGAUACGCCACGAUCCGCUCCGAUCCCGCGACCGGAAAUCUUUACCUUUAUAUCAAGGCCAUUGAACGCGCUCAUCUUCCCUCACAAUGGUGGGAGAAGAUAAAACUUCCCAAGAACUAUGCUCAAGCUCUCGAGCUUGUAGAUCAACAUCUUGCCUACUUUCCCAAGUUCCUGGUUCACAAGAACAAGCAGCGCCUCACUCGCUUGACUCAAGUGAACCUAAGAAUAAGGCGGUUAGCCAAGGAAGAGGAACGCCUAGGAGAGAGGCUUGUGCCUAGACUUGCACCCAAGGUUCGCCGACGAGAGGAGGGCCGAGAACGCAAGGCACUUGCUGCUGCAAAGGUCGAGCGCGCGAUUGAGCGAGUGCUGAUUGAACGUCUGCGCAGCGGUGCGUAUGGCGACCGACCCAUCAACGUCGAACCCAAUGUCUGGAAACGAGUUAUGCGUGGCCUGGAGAAAGAAGGCCAACUCAAAGGAGAUCAAGACCUCGACGACGGUAUUGAGGACGAGGAUGAGGAGAAUGAGUACGAGCAGGAGAUGGAGAACGGUGUUGGCGAGGUUGAGUAUGUCAGUGACAUUGAGGGCGAAUCAGAUGACGAGAUGGAAGACUUUGAGGAUUGGAUAGGAGGCCAGAGUCCAGACGACGGCACGAGCGGCGAAGAUGAAGAGAGCGGUAGCGAUGAAGAGGAAGAAGACGCGUCUGAAGAUGAAGAUACGGAGGCGCUUAAGAAAACGCUGGCCAAUCUCAAGCGGAAGCGUCCCGCGGGCCCACCGCCGAAACCCAAGAAGAAGCCGUCAAAGGACUCAAAGGGCCCCAAACGGAAGAUCGAAUACGAAAUGGAGAGGGCGCCGGCAAGAGAGGCCAUGCACAUUUGA